UAAAAAAUUGUGGAUGUUUGUGGUAUUGUUGCAUUCAUUCUAAAUCUAAAAUUCUAAUAUUAUAUAAGAUGCCAGGCAUCAUUUAAUAAUUUCUGCUGCCAUUGUUUUGCUAUCUUCCCUGCACAAAUUCCUUCUCGAUAAUAUUGAUUGUUCUUCUAUCUCUCUAGGUCCUGAUAUCUAGAGGAACUGAUGUGGGCAUCGUGGAAACUCUCCAUUGAAGCCAUUCUGUGGUGAUUUAUACUUGUACUACCUCUUCUGCUCAAACUUGGGCAUUGCAGAUAACUCCAGGCUGUGCCCGAUGGACGCCACAGCUAGUGGAGCCUCUCCUUCAAUCCCCUAUAUCAACCUCAUUGACCAACCUCUCUCACUGGUCACACCACUACAGCAGAGCCUUCAACGCUGCCAACGCCAUUGCUUUGGUAAUGCCCAUCCUGGAGAGUUCCCCCUAGCAACAAGCCCCUCCAUUGUUCUCCAUGUUCUAACCUCAUGUGAUUUGGAUCCCGAGGAUCUCGCUCACCUUGAGGCAACUUGCACAUUCUUCAAGCAACCCGCCAAUUUCCUUCCAGACUUCGAACUGUCAAUAACAGAGCUUGCGGCUCUCGACAUGUGCCAGAAGAGGGCUAUAUUUAAGCCAAUGACAACAGAAGAGAGGGAGAUGUUCAAACAAAUAUGUGGUGGUUCAUGGAAGUUAGUCCUUCGCUAUUUGCUGGCAGGUGAAGCAUGCUGCCGAAGGGAGAAAUCCCUGGCAAUUGCUGGUCCUGGUCACAGCAUUGCUGUCACUUCACGUGGAGCUGUCUACUCCUUCGGUUCAAAUAACUCAGGCCAGCUCGGCCAUGGCACCCAGGAAGAGGAGUGGAGGCCUCGCCUCAUCAAGACUCUGCAAGGUAUUCGAAUAAUCCAAGCAGCUACCGGAGCUGGACGUACUAUGCUGAUCAGUGAUGCUGGAAUGGUGUAUGCCUUUGGAAAGGAUUCUUUUGGGGAUGCUGAGUUUGGAAUUCAGGGCUUCAAGUUCGUUACCAAACCUCAGCUGGUGGAGUCCUUGAAAGGGGUAUUCAUAGUUCAAGCAGCCAUUGGGAACUUCUUCACAGCUGUUCUUUCCAGAGAGGGUAAAGUUUAUACCUUUUCAUGGGGCAAGGAUGCCAACCUUGGUCAUCAGACCGAGCCCAAUGAUGUUGAGCCGCAUCUUCUUGGUAGCACGCUUGAGAACAUUCCAGUCGUGCAGAUUGCUGCUGGUUAUUGCUAUCUUCUUGCUUUAACAUGCCAGCCAAGUGGCAUGUCUGUCUACUCUCUUGGUUGUGGAUUGGGAGGGAAGCUGGGGCAUGGUUCGAGAACGGAUGAGAGGCAUCCAAGGUUGAUCGAGCAGUUUCAAGCUUUGAAUCUCCAGCCGAAGGCUGUUGCUGCAGGAGCUUGGCAUGCUGCUGUUGUAGGCCAGGAUGGAAGGGUGUGCACUUGGGGAUGGGGGAGGUAUGGUUGCUUGGGACAUGGAUCUGAGGAUUGUGAACCAGUCCCCAAGGUGGUGGAGUCCUUGAGUCAUGUAAAAGCUGUGCAGGUGGCUACUGGUGAUUACACCACGUUUGUUGUCUCGGCAGAUGGGGAUGUCUACUCGUUUGGCUGUGGAGAAUCCUCAAGUCUUGGGCAUUCUGCAGGCAUUGCCGGACAGGUAAUAAACAGGCACAAAAACUUGUACAGACCAGAACUAGUGACCUCACUCAAAAACAUCAAUGAAAGGGUUGUGCAGAUCAGCCUGACCAACUCCCUAUAUUGGAAUGCACACACAUUCGCUCUCACAGAGUCAGGUAAGCUGUAUGCUUUCGGGGCGGGCGAUAAGGGACAGCUUGGCAUCGAGCUGGUCGAUCAACAGAAUGAGAGAGAAAUUCCGGAACGCGUCGACAUUGACCUCAGCUAGCCUCUUUCAGAAUGUACCUAAACCUUUAUACAAAAAGCUUCUGCUAUGUCUCACUACCAUAAUGGCCGCAGUGAGGAGCUGAGCUUCCAUGGAUGGAUAUGAUGUUCGCUGCUUCUUAUUAUCUGUUUAAAUUCCUUGUGGAUAAAUAUGUAAAUAUCAACAGUUAAUGUUCAGAUUUGGGAACAGGUUCCUGGACAAAGAUUCGAUUCCCCAAUUGAUAUGUUUCAAGUUCAAUGGUCAGAUUUGGGAACAGGUUCCUGGACAAAGAUUUGAUUCCCUCUUGAUAUGUUUCAAGUUCAAUGUUUGCAUAGUGUAUUUUCAUAUCUCUUCCUUA